GCUUCAGGCUUUGCUUUGAAGAGGAGCUGGCGGGAGAGGUCUUGUGUGCUGUGCUGUGAGUGCUGCUGCUGCGGGGAGCUGAGAGGAGAGCAUGGGAAACCGUGACCAGAAUACAGUGACCUAUGAUGAUGUACAUGUUGACUUCACUUGGGAAGAGUGGACUUUGCUGGAUCCAUCUCAGAAGACUCUAUAUAAAGAUGUGAUGCUGGAGACCUACAGUAACCUCACUGCUAUAGGAUACAGUUGGGAAGACCAUACUAUUGAAAAACACCAUCAAAGUACUACAAGACAUAAAAGACAUGAAAGAAGCCAUAUUGGAGAGGAACCUUCUGUACAUACUCAAUAUAGUAAAGUCUUUGCAUAUGACAGUCAUCUUCAAAGGCACGGAAGAACACAUACAGGAGAGAAACCCUAUGAAUGUAAUCAGUGUGGUAAAGCCUUUGCAUCUCACAGAAAUCUGAGAUUACAUACAAGAACACAUACUGGAGAGAAACCCUAUGAAUGUAAUGAAUGUUGUAAAGCCUUUGGACAAAAGCGUCUUCUUCAAAGACAUAAAAGAACACAUACUGGAGAGAAACCCUAUGAAUGUAAUCAAUGUGGUAAAGCCUUUGGACAAAAAGAGUAUCUUAAAAUGCAUAAAAGGACGCAUACUGGAGAGAAACCCUAUGAAUGUAAUCUGUGUGGUAAAGCCUUUAGACAGCAGGGUUCUCUUCAAAUGCAUAAAAGAACACAUACUGGAGAGAAACCCUAUGAAUGUAAUGAAUGUGGUAAAGCCUUUGGACAAAAGUGUCUUCUUCAAAAACAUAAAAGAACACAUACAGAAGAGAAACAUUAUGAAUGUAAUCAGUGUGGUAAAGCCUUUGGACAAAAGAGUCAUUUUCAAAAACACAAAAGAAAACAUACUGGAGAAAAACCUUAUGAAUGUAAUCAAUGUGGUAAAGCAUUCUCUACACAGAAAAGUCUCCAAUUACAUAGGAGAACCCAUACUGGUGAGAAACCCUAUGAAUGUAAUGUGUGUGGUAAAGCCUUUACACAAAAGGGUUAUCUUCAAAUUCAUAAAAGAACCCAUACUGGAGAGAAACCCUAUGAAUGUAAUCUGUGUGGUAAAGCCUUUACACAACAGGGUUCUCUUCAAAUGCAUAAAAGAACACAUACUGGAGAGAAACCCUAUGAAUGUAAUCAGUGUGGUAAAGCCUUUGGACAAAAGAGUCAUCUUCAAAAACAUAAACGUACACAUACUGAGGAGAAACCCUAUGAAUGUAAUCAAUGUGGUAAAGCUUUUGGACAACAGGCUUAUCUUCAAAUGCAUGAAAGAACACAUACUGGAGAGAAACCCUAUGAAUGUAAUGAAUGUGGUAAAGCCUUUGGACAAAAACGUCUUCUUCAAAGACAUAAAAAAACACAUACUGGAGAGAAACCCUAUGAAUGUAACCAAUGUGGUAAAGCCUUUGGACAAAAAGUGUAUCUUAAAAUGCAUAAAAGAACACAUACUGGAUAGAAACAUUAUGAAUGUAAUCAAUGUGGUAAAGCAUUCUCUACACAGAAGUCUCCAAUUACAUAGAAGAACCCAUACUGGAGAGAAACCCUAUGAAUGUAAUCAGCGUGGUAAAAUCUUUGCAUUGCCCAAUAAUUUCCAAUUGCAUAAAAAGUCACUUACUGGAGAGAAACCUUACGAAUGUAAUCAAUGUGGUAAAGCCUUUGUAUUGCAUAGUAGUCUCCAGCCACAUAGAAGAACACAUUCUGGUGAGAAACCCUAUAACUGUAAUCAAUGUAGUAAAGCAUUCUCUGCAGAGAAAGUUCUCAAAUUACACAGGAGAACCCAUAGUGGAGAGAAAUCCUAUGAAUGUAAUCAAUGUGGUAAAACCUUUAUGCAACAGUGUAAUCCUCAGACACAUAAAACAUACUGGAGAGAAACCCUAUGAAUGUAGUCAAUGUGGUAAAGCUUCUCUAGACACAAUAAUCUCCAAGCACAUAGAAGAACACAUACUGGAGAGAAACUAUAUGAAUGUAAUCAAUGUGGUUAAGUCUUUGUAUAACAGGGUGGUCUUUAAAUUCAUAAAAGAGCUCAUACUGGAGAGAAACCCUAUGAAUGUAAUCAGUGUGGCAAAGCCUUCUCCAAACAGAGUAAGCCCC